AAACCACCAGGAGAAAAAGUUUGAAAGGAGCUAAUUCAGUGGCCGGGUGUCUCCUAAAGAAGGAAUAAGAGGAGGUUGAAACUGAAGGAUCACAAACGUUGCUAAAGUCUGUCUCUGUGCGUGGAUUUUACUGCCGAGGAGCCGCUGGGCACGCUCCCGCUCCCGUGUGUCUGUGGGCGGAUUAGAUGAGUCUGACUUCACGAUGAGGAGCGACCCUCUUCUGUUCACUUCCAGCAGGGCGAUGGAGGAGCUGGUGUGUGAGCUCCGUCUGUUCCUGGACCUGCUGGACAGAGAGUAUCUGAGCGCCGGGGUCAGAGAGAGGAAGCUGCACCUGUCCAACAUCCUACACAGAGUCCUCUCAGAUAAAGAGCCUUCGUUCAAGUCAGAGAUCCAUAGCGGUCUGCCGGCUCCGCCUCAGAUGCCGCUCCCUGAGAUCCCUCACCCAUGGCUGCCUCCAAACAGCGGCCCUCCUCCGUUGCCCAGCUCGUCUCUACCAGAAGGAUACUAUGAAGAAGCUGUUCCUCUGAGUCCUGGAAAGGCCCCUGAGUACAUCACCUCCAACUACGACUCUGACGCCAUGAGCAGCUCCUAUGAGUCGUACGAUGAGGAAGAGGAGGACGGGAAGGGACAGAAGAUGCGUCAUCAGUGGCCAUCUGAAGAAGCAUCCAUGGAUCUGGUGAAGGACGCUCGGAUUUGUGCCUUCCUUUUAAGGAAGAAGCGCUUCGGCCAGUGGACCAAACUGCUCUGUGUCAUCAAAGAUAACAAACUGCUGUGUUACAAGUCCUCCAAAGACCACACCCCACAGAUGGAGCUGACCCUGUCUGGAUGCAGCAUCACGCACAUCCCCAAAGACGGCAAAAAGAAGAAGCAUGAACUGAAGAUCGUCCACCAGGGUGCAGACGCUCUGGUUCUGGCUGUACAGAGUAAAGAACAGGCAGAGGAGUGGCUGAAGGUGAUGAGAGAGGUGUGUGUUAAUGGGAGUGUUGACCUGGAUGGAGCUGGAUCAGGAUCACCGGUGCAUAAACCCGAGCUGGAAAAGAAGGCUUCAUGUGACAGACCGAGCUCAGACGGUGAGGUGGCUCAUGAGAACGGACACAGCGACUGCAAAGAUCAAGGAAAAGGAAAAAAGAACUCAAAGUCCGAGCAGAAGAGCGGGACGGUGGGGAAGGGAGCAGGGAAGAAGAUCACAAAAAUCAUCGGGCUGGGGAAGAAGAAGCCGUCUACGGAUGAGCAGACCUCGUCAGCAGAGGAAGAUGUGCCCACAUGUGGCUACCUGAAUGUCCUGUCCAAUAACCGCUGGCGAGAGCGUUGGUGCCGCCUGAAAGACAACCAGCUGCUCCUUCACAAAGACCGGGACGACCUGAAGAGCCACAUCGCCUCGUUGCCCCUCCGAGGAUGUGAGGUCAGCCCCGGCCUUGACCACAAACACCCCUUCGCCUUCCGCCUGCUUCGUAAUGGCCAGGAGGUCGCUGUUCUGGAGGCAUCCUCCUCUGAGAUGAUGGGUCGCUGGUUGGGGGUCUUAUUGGCAGAAACUGGCUCCACCACCGACCCAGCCACCCUGCACUACGACUACAUCGAUGUUGAGACCACGGCUAAUGUCAUCCAGCUCGCCAAGCAGUCUUUUUGCUUCACCAGUAAGCGAGCCGUCUCCCCUAACCCAUACCUGGACAACCCAGUCAAUGGCUACGCCUGUCCCACUGGUAUGGCUCUACACUACGAUGAUGUGCCCAUCAAUGGAACGCUGAAAGGAAAGAAGGGAGCAGCGACCAAUGGGAUUGCUUCAAAGCAGAAGACCGAUCAAAAGAACCAGCCCAAAAAGAACGGUGUCAACGGGGCGAACGGGAUGGCUUCACUUAAACGCAACACCUCCAAUGCAGAGCAGGUUAAGUAUGGGAAGAACCGUGUGGAGGCCGAUGCAAAGAGGCUGCAGACCAAGGAAGAAGAGCUAAUGAAGAAGAAGCAGGAGAUCAGGAACCAUCUGACCCAGCUGAAGAAGGAGAGGAGAGACCUUCGCACUGCUGUGGAAGCUGCUGUCGGCAAGCGUUCUCAUGCCUCGCUGUCAGAGCGACUGAAGAAGGUGGAGGAGGACUGCAGGAAGAAGGAGGAGGAGAGGGUUAACCUGGAACUGGAGCUGACGGAGGUGAAGGAGAGUCUGAAGAAAGCCCUGAGCGGUGGUGUCACCCUGGGCCUCACCAUUGAACCAAAAACAGGCUCCUCUGGACUCCAGUCACCAGCCAUGAUGCGACGAACCCAGGGGUCCUCUCCUUUCUCCAGCUGUGACACCAGUGACACAGAGUCCUGCUCCCUGCCGGUCAAUAGCGCAUCCCUACUCCGCCGGCAGCAGGGCACCCAGAAGCCUUCAACAGUCCGGGGACAUGUCCUCAGGAAGGCCAAGGAGUGGGAGCAGAAGAGCGGCACAUAAUCGGCCUCAACGUUUCGCACCAGUCUCACUUUUAUUUCUUUGUUUCUUUUUAAGAAAUUGUGUAUAUAUUUAUUUAAGACUGUUCAUACAGUGUGAGAGUGUAGAGGGAGGAUGACACAAGAAUAGCAUUCACAUCAACCAAAAAGAAGUAGCUGGUUUUAGUAGACUGUCAGUUCCACAACAUACCAGAAAUGACAAUGUCUUAAAUUUCUUUCUAUUGAGCAUGCUCAUUGUACACUUGUGUUGUCUGCUGUACUCUUUUCAAGCAACCACCUUUUUUCUAUUCAAAUCCGUUUGGCAGGUUUGGGUUCAAAAAGGUUGCAACCAAGUAUUUAUUUGUAAAUGUUUAAAGGAAAUACUAGCUUCCCUUUGUUUAUUUAUGUGGAUAUAUUUAACAUUUUUGUCUCACAAUUUGUCACACUCAUAGACUCCCAUUCCCUACAUUAAAUGGUUCUCAUACAGCAAAUAAAGUGCAUAAUUAUAGGUCAUAAUAGUCAUAAGACAUACCAGCUAGGACCAGUGGUGCUCAUCGAGACAUUAAAAAUGCAUAAAACACACAAAAAUAUGUGGGUACACAGAAGUUAAGUAGCAUAAAUCACAAAUUGAGAUUGUGUUUUUUUCCAUGCAACACUUUCAGAGCAGCACAGUAAUCAAGAAGUCAAUGCAAAGUGAGACGUUAGCAAGACUGUGCCACGAAAGCCUGUUUACAAUAAUUAUGCCUUAAUUGCAUCAGAAAUUUUCAUGCAACAGGCCCUUUAAAAGACUAGCAUUGCAAAAUUGUUCACCAUUGCCUUGCAAAUUGAAUUUGGCUUUUAAAGAUCUUUGGGGUUAAGUCAUUCAUCCCUCAAUCUUUACAUUAUCUAUACCAAUUACCCCAAUUGGGGUGGUGGAGGGCUGAAGCAAAUCCCAGCCUUUAUUUGGCAAGAGGAAGGCUCUUAGUCAUUCAAAGGAAUGACUAAGACAAGCAUGCGGUCAUACUUACUGUCAAUUUAGAGUGUGAGCCUGUCUGUGUUGUAUGGAACAAAUCUAGAGUACCUAAAGAGGUAUCAUCCACCAUGACACAUUAAACGGGAUAAAGCGCUGAUUUUUCAGGCUCAACAGGACCCAUGAAGCUAAGUCUACUGGUUUAGGCUUUAGUCAUGCUCCCUAAGUGAAGUCUGACUUCAGCACUAGAGCCCAUCAUACAGAAAACUCUCAAAUCUCAGCCAACAUGGCUGAUAGUAGGCGGUCAGGAGCAUCAGGCCACCUCCUCCAAUCACACCACUGCAUUACUGUAGCCCUGUGGUCUGCUUUUGUGUUUUUGGUUGUGCUAAACAUCCCUGAGGCACAUUCAAAACCCAGCAUCAAUACACUGACUCAAACUAAAUCACUUGUUGUAAGCUUAAAGUGCUAAAUGUUCUGCUAAAGACACAUUUUAAAGACUGCGUCAUACAAACAUUCCAUCAAUGUCACAUUUCUAUGGUUCUUUUUAUGGCUCUAUGUUACACUGUUUUUGCUUUGCUGGAGUGUUGAUACUGGACCUUAUAAAAGAAGUGGAAGUAGCAACCAUUGGUUUGUCACAUUGAGGACAGCAUAUUAACAGGGUUUUUUUCAUGGGUAUAUUUGAAUGCCUAAACAGAUAGUCAGCGCUUCACCUUUAUCCUGUUUGGAAGGUUACUGACAGUAGAGAAUGAGAAGCGCGUCAGGAUGAAUCAACUGAGCAGAAGACCUAAAGCGGUUUAGACUGGGUGCAUGUUGGCUGUGUGAUGGCUGUGGCGCAUCUGCUUCAGCUUGCAUUGUAAGAGCUUUCAGACCAUGCAUGUGUGCUAGUUGAAUUUGGGCCUUUUACAGGUUUUACUUAAAUAAAUUUUCCUACAAAGGACUUAUGUUGUUUAAUGAGCAGGGGGACAAACGAGGUGACGCACUGCAGAAAAGCCAGGCUUUUACUUUGAAAAGCAAAAACUACAAGUGUAAUCCCUCUAACAUAUCUGGCAUACAUAUCUGUUAAAACAUGGUAAAUGUGUCUUGUAUUUAUCAUUUUCCUGUCUAUUUUGGCUCAGUGACAUCUGCAGUAAAAACAGGCAAGAUUUUUCUAGAUUUUUCUAGAUUCUCGGCAGCAUGAGACAUGGUGCUCAUGCUGGCACUCUGAAAGCCCCAAUUUACCAUGCACACUGAAAUGAAAAUCAAGCUGCGACACAAAAGUAACACAGAUGCUAUGCACCCAAUCGAACAGCCUGAAGGUUUAAUGCAGUCAGUUUCUUACUACUAGAUAAUGGCCUUGUGGCAAUUACAAAGAAUGUAAUUGCAGUGAGGCUAUUUCUGCUUUAGCUUCAGUACUGAGUCAGUGGUUUACUUUCACUUCUUAGAUAUGGUUUGUUUGUUUAAGGUGCUUUUUAGGGAUUGUUGAGAGAAGUAGUGCACCAACUGACCAUCAAUCUUGUAAAUAUUUUUCUAUUUCCAACCCGCUUUCAAACUGAUAACCAACAGAUCUGUGAGCUAGAGUGUAGUCAGCAUGUUAGCAUGAAGACAGUGGCACAUGGGGGGGUUCUAUCUACAAGUAUUUAGUUCAUGUGGAUUCCCUGUUGGCUUUAAACUGAGCAAGAUGUCUUUUGCCUGUAAAUAUGAACCUGCUGUUCAUAGCUUUGGUUUCUGGGAGUGGGUGGGGUACAGCCUUGUACAUCAGUGUUUUUUUUUGCACCUUAUACAUUUUCUACUCUAUUGUAUUCCCAGACAGUUACCAACUUGGUGACAAACAUGCUUGUACAUAAAAUAAAUAAACCUCCUGA